AUGGCUAAAGCAUUGUCGGGCAUACUGAAACAUGCUGUCGUGUUUACUUAUGGGCUCUUCACUUUGAUUCUUUACGGACUCACGGCUAUACGAAAAGGGUACUUCUUUCGGGGGUCCACCGAGAAAGAGAAUCUGGAGUUGCAGCUGGCUCGCGAUCGCUUCUGGAAUCUUUCGAAAACCUGGUCCGGCCUUUCUCACUAUUAUAUCACCUUGCGAAAUGGCUUCAGGUUCCAUUAUGUUUCUAAUGACCUCCCCAGCAGCCCCGCAGCUGAUAAACCAUUGAUUAUAUUUAUCCAUGGGUUUCCUGAUAGCUGGGCUGUAUGGCGCCACCUCCUUAAAUCGAAGGCUCUGCAGGAGGCGGCCACUUUGGUCGCAGUUGACUUACCCGGAUAUGGUGGUACUGAUAGCCUAGAGGAAUACUCAUCGACGAACGUGUUGGAGAACUUGGCAGGUUUUAUCAUCGCUAUCAGGGCAAAGUACGGGGUCGAUACUGCUGCCGGUACGCGCCAAAGAAGGACUAUGAUUGUGGGCCAUGACUGGGGCUGCGUCCUUUCCAUGCGCCUUGCCGCCGAAGCUCCUCAGUUGGCAGAUCGAUUCGUCUUAAGUAAUGGGCCAUUGAUUAGCAUGGUUGCCUCCAAUAUUCGUCGAUCGCUAUCUUCGUCGCUGAAAAUGUUCAAAACGGCCCUGCGUUCACCAAUUAAUUCUCGCUCGAUGCUUUGCAAAGCAGUCAAGUCGCUAAAGCCAGUUGCCCGCCAGCUACUUCUUUCAGGGUAUAUAUUUGCGAUGCAACUUCCCAUGCCCUUCGUUGUGUACCUUGGUACAGGUGGCAACUAUUCUUUCUUGAAAAUGGCCCACAGGGGAUCAUAUGGGAAUUCGCCAUUCAGCCUCGAAGAUGCUGCUGAGUGUAUGGCAAGCUCAUUGGGCCCGUCCGUGGAGGAAUGCAGAACACAAACAUCUGAUGGUGAGGGAUACCCUGCUUCGGUUGUAAAGGAGCGCGCCCUUGGCAAUUUCCAGCACAUGGCCCGCUACUAUCGGGAAAAGGCGGCUACUUCGCGCUGGCAGAAAUCUAUCGAAACGAUUGCCGAUCUGCACAGCAUAUCGGGAGGAAAUGAGCUUCGUCGAGCUAGUAGCGGGGCUGGACUGUUUGACGAUGGGCCGACUGGUGUACUGAAAGCUCAUUCGACCAUUAUCUGGGGCAAAGCUGAUAUCGCUUUGGAUCCACAAAUGUGCUUGGAUGGGUUUUCGGAUUAUCUGGUCCGUAACAGUCAAGUGGUUGAGCUGCCCCGGUCUGGGCAUUUCACCCCACUGGAGCGUGAGAGCUGCGCUGCAUUGAUCCGAGCUGUCGAAUGGGCCGCUCGAGGUGAGCAGGAGGAAAUUGGAGCUGCGAUUCAGAGAGAUUACCCGGAUGCGGUCGUAACAGUCCGAAAAUGA